CGUGCAGGAGGAGGAGGAGGGUUUUCCUUGUUGCAGCAUCUGCCGGGAGCGCGGAGAAGGGUCUCAGGUAUACCUACUGCACCCAUACCCGGUAUACCCCGGAUAAAAGACGACCGUCGUGGAAAUUCCGUGAUCAGAUGGGAGCUUAGGACGCAGGCGCGUUCGGUGCGCGCCAAGUUCCCGGUACAGAUGGCAGAUGUUUUGUAACCCCGAAUUAACAUCAGAACACGCUACCAGAUCGCUUCGACGGAGUUUUCGGAAUUUUUUUGCGGCACCACCGGGAGCCCGACAGUCGCGAAAACCACCCCGUCCCGUUCCGUGCACCCUCUGCUAUCGGGAUCGCGCGUUAAAAUCCAUUUCCGACAGGCCGUCCGUCGCAAAAUCGGACGUUCCUCGACGUGUGCAGUACAGCUGCUCGAUGGCAGUGGCUUGGCAACCAUUUUAUUUCUUCGAUUAAACAUGUUAAUAUUUCGGCCGUCCGGACGUCGCAUUCGCAUUGCCAUCAAUUAAACACUGUCCCAGUUGGCCACGGCGGAGGCGACCACCCCUCAUCUCUGUGCAUUUUGCGUUCGUGCUCAAGUGCCUCGACUCUGCCCCCCAGUGUUUAUUUCCCAUCUUAACAUCAUCCUUUUCGAAUCCGAAUUUGUGAGAAUGAAGUUUACAUUGGAAAGUGGCGUUCCAUGAAGGCCAACUGAUUUCUAUGAUCUAGUCUAAUCUAGUGUGCUUAGAUAGAUUUUUAGAUAGUUUCUUUUUAAAUUUUAUUCGUUUUUAAAUGAAACUCUGAGUUUGUGGCUCAUUUUAAACGCAACUGGGGGUGGUGAAGAUGCAUCGUUCGACAACAAACAACAACAACAGCAGCAGCAACACUGCUGCAGCUCGGAGGGCGAUCAUGGAGAGCCCGAGGAACUUCACAUCGAUAGCUUCGAGUUCCACGCCCGAGAUGAUCGCAUUCAAAACUCCGAGCCCCCACCUGCUGGACCACGAAUACGUGACUCCUCAGAGCCAGAUCAUGAUAGCCAGUCCGAUGAGUGCACCGGCCGUCAAGAGAAAACUUAACAUGGACACGCAAAAUAUAACGAUACCAAUGAAGCAAGAAUUUAAAGCGCCACCGCCGAAACGGCCGAAGCGCGGGUCGCCGGCGAAGAAGAACACACGGUACGAUACCUCAUUAGGUUUACUGACAAAGAAAUUUAUUACUCUAUUAGAAGAGCAACCGGAUGGGGUGAUUAAUUUGAACGAGGCCUCGCAGAAACUGAACGUGCAGAAGAGAAGGAUAUACGAUAUCACUAACGUGCUGGAGGGUAUCAAUAUACUUCAGAAGAAGUCGAAGAAUCAGAUUCAAUGGAGGGGUAGCUCCAUGGGAGACUACUGCAUGACGUCACUGCAGGAAGAAGUGAACAAUCUCGACGAUAUCGAAAAUCAUUUGGACCAAUUGAUCGCUACGGCAGAAGAGGAGCUCAGAGUCCUGAGCAAAAACAAAGUGUACGCAUAUAUCACGUAUCACGACCUUCGAUCUAUACCGAGGUUCAAAAACAAGACCAUCAUGGCCAUCAAAGCGCCUCCCGACUCGAAACUGGAUGUACCCGGCAACGUGGACGACGGCUACAAAAUACAAAUGAAGAGCGAGACUGGAGAAAUCGAAGUGUUCCUCUGUCCGGAGAGCGUGUCUCCGGUUAAAUCAAAGACUGUUCCUCCAGUAGAUCCGCUCCUCAAAGAUAUUAAACUCAGCCCCGGCAUGUUUGCCAUCACGACCACACCGCCUGUACCUUUGCUGGAUAGUCCCACAUCAGAUUACAAACCAAUUUCAUCAAAGACUUGUAGACAGUUAUCUUUCUCCAAAGAUAUAAAAGACCCAGUGAUGCAGAGUGUUGUGAAAACGGAUGGUUUGAAUAAGCUAAGACAACCGUUAGUAUUGGGUCAACAGGACUUGAUCUUGAAACAGCAGCCUUUCUAUGACAUUAUGGACUCCUUCGACAGUACACAAAAUAACGAGCUCAGGGAUCAAAGUGAUUUAGGUGUAAUGGUGAAAGAAGAACCCAAUGGUAUUACGCUGGACCCGAUGUUCUGCGCUCCAUUUGUGCCGCUGGAACCUGUGCCACAUUCCCAGUACAAUUUCAGUAUGGACUCUGGUGAGGGUGUAGCUGAUCUCUUUGAUUCAAUGGCAUUCUGAUCAGCACUGUACAGACAAAUAAAGAAAUAUAUUUCUAUAUAUAUACAUGCUCCUUGUAUAUUUAUUAAAAAAAAAUUAAUAAUAUGAAAGGGAGGGAGGAUUAAUAAAGGUCCUUUCACGGAGGAAAAAAAAAAGAGGAAGAAGACAAAAAUAAGAAAACCUGUAAGAAGAGAAAGAAAACUUUUUGUGGGGGGAAAAAAUGAGCGCGUGAAUGUGAUUUUUAUGGACCAAAGUGCCUAUUACUUUGUUGUUUUAUUAUUAUUGUAAUAAUAUCGUUUAGAUUAUUAUAAUUAUUAUUUUUU